AUGCAAUCAAACGAAGAAAUCGUGAAGUUCUUGGGAGAAGGUGCUUACGGUUUUGUUAAUCUCGUCAAAUAUACUAAACGCGACGGCUCGUCGUUUCAUGCCGCCGUGAAAAACUCUUACGCCGAGGACUUCGAAAAUCUUCAAAAAGAGCUUCAGAUUCUUUGCCAACUCAGAGGAUGUCCAAGAAUCGUCGAAUGCUUUGGAGACUACUUGGAAGAAGGUUUCAGCUCUUACGGAAACAAAGUUUACAAAUUGCUUCUCGAGUACGCUUCUGAAGGUAGUUUACGUUCUUUCAUGGACAAUUACUCCGACAGGAAAUUGCCUGAACCGAUGAUAAGAGACUUCACGCGUAUGAUUCUCGAAGGUUUGGUCUGUAUUCACGGACACGGUUAUGUUCAUUGCGAUCUCAAACCCGACAACCUCCUUGUUUUCCCAUCGAGAGAUUCUUCAUCAUACGAACUUAAGAUUUCUGAUUUUGGAAACUCGUUGGAAGUCGGAGAGAUUCCUCAUUAUUGGGGAUUCGAUUUACCGUUUUUGGGAACGCCGAUUUACAUGCCGCCGGAGUCUCUCAUUGACGGCGUCGCGGAGAAAACCCUAGAUCUUUGGUCGUUAGGAUGCUUAGUGUUGGAGAUGUACACUGGUGAGAUUCCAUGGCUUGGUCUCGAUAUUGAUGAUCUCGCGUCUCGUCUUCUUUAUGAUGAAGCUCCAGAGAUUCCAGAGUGUGUGCCUUGCGAUGCGAGGGAGUUUAUUGAAAAGUGUUUCUCGAGGAAACCUGAGGAGAGAGGAAGUGCGUCUGAGUUGUUGUCUCAUCGGUUUUUGCGUCGAGAAGAAGAGGAGAAGAUGGAGAAAGUUAUCGCCGUUGUUGAAGAGAGAAGAAACUCGUUUCUAUUGAAGCUGAAGCUGAGAAUCAGAGGAGCUUCGAAGAAAUCGGCGGAUGUUUCAGAGAAGAAGCCUCUGAAAUUGAAGAUUGUUCCAUCAAAGGCUCCAUAUUUUAAGAAAGUUUUGACUAAAAUCUUGAGGUUGAAGACAAUGGAUUCUUAUCUAGUUUGCGUUUAG